UUUUUUUCUUUUGCGAUAUUGCUUGAUGUCUUCACCGCAGGCAAAAAGUCCUCCUUGUCAACAAUUCGCCUGUGCUAUUCAAGACUGUUUACAACGAAAUGACUAUCAAGAAGCCAAAUGUCGUAGUUCUCUUAAUGCUUUAAAGGAAUGUUGUGAAAAAUUAUUGAAAGAAGGUGGUUCUAGUCCUUGUUGUCCACAAAAAAAAUCAUAGUUAAAUAGAUAUAUAUAUAUUUAUAGUUUUAUGUAUAGUUUAUUUUGAAAUCCAAGCAACAAAAAAAAUAAAAAAUUAAGCUGUAUCAGUCCUUUCCCCCCCGUUUAUCUUGUCA